UGUUGGUAAUUAGCCGUUAUAAAUAUUUGACAUCUCCGCAAUUGUGCUUUUUUGUAAAAUUAUUAUUUAAGCUUUGAUUUUGAAUUAAAUAUAAAUAAUUUCUGUUCAGUCGUGAUUGAAAACUUAAGCGCAAUAGUUACUACGAAUCAAUGUGGAAGCUUAGCAGAAAAACAUUAUUGGCAGGAAAGACGAGCCUCUCGUCAAACACAGCGGCAGUGACAGCACAAUACUGCCAUAGCAGUGUCAAGUCAGAGACCGCUGUGCCCCAAAUACCCUCAACAGCAGAUGUGGUUAUCAUUGGUGGCGGUUCGGCAGGAUGUCAUACAUUGUAUCACUUGGCUAAGCGCGGCGUGAAGGCGGUGCUCUUGGAGCGUGCUAAACUAACAGCCGGCACCACCUGGCAUACGGCGGGUUUGAUAUGGCGUUUACGACCCAACGAUGUGGAUAUACAAUUGUUGAACAAUUCACGAAAUAUGCUCACACAAUUAGAAGAGGAUACGGGAUGCGAUCCGGGUUGGAUACAGAAUGGCGGCAUAUUCAUAGCACACACGGAAAAACGUUUGGAUGAAUAUAGACGUCUCGCAACUGUGGGCAAUGCUUUGGGCAUUGAAAAUCAUAUUCUAGGACCCGAAGAGACGCAAAAAUUAUUUCCACUUCUUGAUCCGAAAUCAUUUAUUGGUGCGCUCUAUUCACCAGGCGACGGUGUCGUUGAUCCAGCAAUGUUGUGUACAGCUUUGACUCGUGGUGCGGUUCAGAAAGGAGGUCGGGUUAUUGAGAAUUGCAAUGUCACUGAUCUGUUAGUCGAAGACACGUCUAAGGGCAAAAAACUGGUUGGUGUGGCUACACCAUACGGCAAUAUUAAAACAAAGACCGUGGUGAAUGCGACGGGUGUUUGGGGUCGUGAUUUAGUGCAAAAGCAUGGUUCGUAUUUGCCACUUAUACCCAUGAAGCACUCGUAUAUUAUUUCCGAGACCAUACCCGGUGUGCGUGGCAUACCGAAUAUACGUGACCACGAUUAUUCCACUUAUUUUCGCAUACAAGGCGAUGCAAUUUGCAUGGGUGGUUAUGAGCCGAAUCCUAUUAUAUUGGAACCGGUGGCGAAAGAUUUUCACUUUGGUCUUUACGACUUGGAUUGGUCCCUGUUUGAUGUACAUCUGAAUGGUGCGAUAAAAUUGUGUCCUUCGUAUGGAAAUUACGGCGUGAAGAGUACAAUAUGUGGCCCAGAAUCUUUUACACCCGAUCACAAACCUCUUAUGGGUCCCGAUAACGUUAUAAAUGGUUUGUAUCAUAAUUGUGGCUUCAAUUCGGCUGGCAUGAUGUUUGGUGGCGGUUGCGGUGAACAGACAGCACUUUGGAUAAUUAACGGUAAACCUGAUUUGGCAAUGUUUAGCUUUGAUUUGCGGCGUUUCACGGUCGCACAGAAUCGUGACACACAAUGGAUACGCGAACGUUCGCAUGAGAGUUAUGCUAAGAAUUAUAGUAUGGUCUUUAAAUAUGAUCAGGCACUUGCCGGACGUAAUUUCCAGAAAGAUCCAUUGCAUGAGGAUAUGUUGGCACAAAAUGCGUUCAUGGAAGAGAAGCAAGGCUGGGAGCGACCUGGCUUUUUUAUGAAACAAAAAGCGGAAGUGUUACCCUAUGAUUGGUAUGGUUGUUAUGGCAACACGAGACAUGCCGAAAGCGCUUACGAAGAAGCGCUCGAGGGUGGCUUAAAGUACUCUGAAUUUUCCGAUCAUCAUAAAUUGAUCGGUGAAGAGGCACUGGCUUGCCGAAACGCCGCCGCCAUCUUUAACAUGAGCUAUUUUUGCAAAUUGGUUAUGUCCGGACCGGAUGCUCAAAAGGCCGCUGACUGGAUCUUUAGCGCCAACACUAAUCGUGAGGCUAACAAAACCGUUUACACCUGCCUGCUCAACAGCAGUGGUGGUGUGGAAGCCGACGUUACCGUAUCACGUCUCAAUUCUGGUACUGGCGCAGUACACGAUCCUCAGUUUACCGGUCAAGGUUAUUACAUUGUGGCUGGUGGUGCCUCCGCCUAUUACACUUACUCUACACUACUCGCUGAACUACGUCAAAAGGGCUUCAAUGUCACGAUACGCGACGUUACCAACGACUUGGGAGUUAUAUCCAUACAGGGGCCACGAAGUCGCGACAUACUCCAACGUAUUAUUGACUGUGAUCUAUCGAAUGAGAACAUUCCACCGAAUGGUACACAAGUGACAAGUGUUAAGUGCCCAACAAGUAAAGGUGAACAAGUGGGUGUGCGCGUAUUGCGUGUCAGUUUCGUCGGUGAACUCGGCUAUGAAUUGCAUGUGCCAAAAGAACAUUGCUCUGCUGUCUAUCAAUCACUCUUGGCGGUCGGUAAACCCGAUGGUGUGCGAAAUGCUGGUUAUCGUGCCCUCUACUCGUUAAGCAGCGAAAAGGGCUAUCAUUUGUGGAGUUUCGAUUUAAGACCCGAUGAUACACCCAUUGAAGCUGGUCUUUCGUUUACCUGCCGCAAAAAUGGUGACUACAAAGGCAAAA